AUGUCAGAGGUUGUGAACAAUCAAACAGGAAGUUGUGACCCUGAACCUAUGUCAGAGGUUGUGUACAAUCAAACAGGAAGUUGUGACCCUGAACCUAUGUCAGAGGUUGUGUACAAUCAAACAGUAAGUUGUGACCCUGAACCUAUGUCAGAGGUUGUGUUCAAUCAAACAGGAAGUUGUGACCCUGAACCUAUGUCAUUUGGCUUUUCUCCUCUUUUGGAGAUUGGCUUCUCUUUGCUAGACAAGGUGAAGAUCUGUGAAUACCAACAAAAUCAGUGUGAUCCCAAAGAUUCAACAUGCCAGCCAUGUACAGAGAGGCUGCCAGAUUGUAUCAACAAACCAGACGGACAAGAAGUCUUCCCACGGAAGUUGUGGCAGGCAGACUACAUCAUCUGUGUCAAAAACAGAACUAUAAGUGUGGACCAGUGCGGAUCCCUGGAGUACUUCAAUCCACGACUGCUGAAAUGCAUGAAACAUGUAAAACCAGUUGAUGUACCAGACUAUUGUUCUGAGCACAGAAAUGAAGUUCUUCCAGACUGGAACAAUUGUGCUAAAUAUUAUAACUGUUCUGAUAAAAAUGGAUUCCAUGCUGAGUGUCAUUAUCCAGAGCUGUUCUCUGAUCAGACCAGAACAUGCCAAAACUUCACCACCGUAGCAUGCUCCACACGGAAAGAACCACAGGCACCAUGUGAAUAUGAUCAAAAUCUGUGCGACAGGACAGAUGUGAAUUGUAAGAAGUGCCCUGAGCGGCUGCCCAGUUGUAGGGGUCUACCAGAUGGGGACCAGCCAGCCAGUGGCUAUUUGUGGACUGAUAGGUUUGUCACCUGUGUUCAGAACAGAACUCUGGCAGUCAAUAAGUGCAAGACUGGGGCCAUAUUUGAUCCUACUCAGCUAAAUUGUGUGGAACAAAUUCUUCCAGCCCAAAUUGAUGAAUUCUGCCAAGCGAAUCCAAAGUCUCUGAAGCCACAUCCAUCUAACUGUGCACUGUACUACAACUGCUCGGCACAGUCACCCUUGGGUCAUCAUCUGAUGGAAUGUCCGUAUCCUGAUCUGUUUGAUUCUGAAAGGUUACAGUGUGGUGAUUUCACCAAGAUUAAGUGCAACAGUACGAAGAAGGAACCACAAGCACCUUGUGAAUACCAACAGAACUUGUGCAAUAAUUCCAAUCCUAAUUGUGUCCCUUGUCCAUCCCGCCUACCUUCCUGCGUGGGACUGCCAGACGGACCCAAUCCUUUCCCAAAUCAGUUAUGGAAUGCACCGUACAUUGAAUGCCUACAGAAUAGAACUGUAGACAUCAAAAGUUGCCAAACUGGAUAUUUUAAUCCCAGACUACGGAAAUGUAUGGAACCAGUGGAGAAAGUUGAUAUACCAGACUACUGUAAAGCACAUCCUUCAGAGUUUUUGCCUGAUCCAGACAACUGUGCCAAAUUUUUCAACUGUAGUGAAUCUUUAAGUAAACCUCGCACAAGUCGAUCUACAGUUACCAUUGGAAAGUAUGGAUAUGAAUGUCCUUAUCCUGAGCUGUACGACACCAUGCUGAAGAUGUGUAGCAAUUUCACACAAGUUAGAUGCACUACUCGCUGGGAACCAAUGGCUCCAUGUGAAUAUGAUCAAAAUAUAUGUGAUUCGACGACUAAGAAUUGUACAAACUGUGUCCUGCGCCUGCCAUCAUGUAUUGGAAGCACAGAUGGACCUAACCCAUUUCCAACACGUUUAUGGAAAAAAGAUUACAUUUCUUGUCUUCUCAACAGAACUAUGGUUAUUUCAAAGUGUCAAGAGCCGCAAUAUUUCAAUCCUAAACUAUCAAAGUGUAUGGAUCAUGUUCCAACAGUGGAUGUUCCUGAAUACUGUCAAGCCAACCCGUCUGACAUCCUUCCUGAUUCUGAGAACUGUGCCCAUUACUUCAACUGCUCUGAUCCAUCUGCAACUGGAGUCAUCCACCGAGCUUCCUCACCACCACUGGCCUACAGAAAGGAGUGUCACUAUCCAGAUCUGUUUGAUCCUGUUACAAAAUCAUGUCAGACGUUUACUGCUACUAAUUGUUCUCAGCGCAAGGAACCUCAAGCACCGUGUGAAUAUGAACAAAAUCUCUGUACAUCUGUGAAUGUGUCAUGUGAGGUCUGCCCAGAGAGACUGCCAAGUUGCCAAGGCCUGCCUGAUGGACCACAGGCAUUCCCAACUAAGCUGUGGCAAGGAGAUUUUAUCCAGUGUUACCUCAACAGAACAGUCAACAUCACAAAAUGUCCUGAUGGGAAAUACUUUAACCCAAGGUUGCUAUCUUGUGAAGAGGAUGUUAGCCCUGUGGAUGUGCCAGGCUACUGCUCAGCCCACCCUAAAGCUGUCCUCCCAGAUCUGGAUAAUUGUGCCAAGUUCUACAACUGCUCUGAAAAGAAUGGCUCCCAACAUGAGUGUAGAUAUCCAGAUCUCUUUGAUCGCAGUACUCAACUCUGUCAAGAAUUUCUCAAUGUCACCUGUAGGGGAAGGAAAGAACCGCAGGCACCAUGUGAAUAUGAUCAAAAUAUUUGCAAAAAGUCCGACCCAUCAUGCCAGCCCUGUCCUGAACGACUUCCUAGCUGCCGGGGCCUGCAAGAUGGUGAUCAACCCGUGAUCCAAGAGCUAUGGUCACGACGGUACAUCACUUGCUUUGUAAACAGGACCAUGAAGGUCAACAACUGUCCCUCUGGAGAAAUUUUUGACCCAAUACAGUUGAAAUGUAUUGACAAAGUUCCACAAGGUAAUAUAGAAGAGUUCUGUAAGGCAAAUCCAGUGGCAGUUAAAGCAGUGCCGAAUAAUUGUGGACAAUAUUACAACUGUUCCUCACUAUCUCGGUUUGGUACUUAUGUUCAUGAAUGUCCAUAUCCAGACCUGUUUGAUGCUCAACAGCUGACAUGUAGGAGUUUCACGGAGGUUCGUUGUGAUAACAGGACAGAACCACAAGCACCCUGUGAAUAUGAGGCUAAUGUGUGUGACCCCAGGAAUUCCAGCUGUCAGCCAUGUUCUUUGCGACUGCCAUCAUGCAGAGGAAUGUCUGAUGGAAUGCAUCCUGUCCCAAACAAACGAUGGACUCCGGCUUUCAUUGUAUGUGUUCAGAACAGAACUUUAGACAUAACACAAUGCAAAAAGGGUUUCUUCAACCCAAGGGUUAGAAAAUGCAUGGAGUAUGUGGAAAAGGUUGAUGUACCAAAUUACUGUGUAGUGCAUCCUGGAAACAUCUUGCCUGCCCGGGACAACUGUGCUCACUAUUAUAACUGCAGCAUAGUGAACACCCCCCUUCCACCACGGAUGACCAGCAGAUCCCUCCUCAGUUCUCUCAUAGACCAUGAAGUGGAAUGCAGAUACCCAGACUUGUUCGAUGCAUCAUCAGGAGGCUGUAGAAACUUUACAUCUGUCACCUGUGAUAAAAGACCAGAGCCACAAGCACCUUGUGAAUAUCUCCAAAACCUUUGUCAGCAAUCAGAUUUGAAUUGUGCACCAUGUCCAGAGAGAUUGCCUACUUGUGUAGGUAAGGCAGAUGGUCCAAAUGUGUUCCCAUCACGUCUGUGGAAGGCAGACUAUGUCAUGUGCUACCAGAACAGAACCACUGCUUUGAAGAAAUGUUCUAAGGGUUAUUUCCAUCCAGUCACAAAAACUUGCAUAGAAUUUGUUGAUCCAGUUGAUGUUCCGGACUACUGUAAAGCCAAUCCAACAGAUGUCCUUCCAGAUCCGGACAACUGCGCCCAUUUCUUUGACUGCAGCAACAGAACCACAGCAACCCACCGUGCAGCUUAUAUUGUAACGCCGCAGUCUUUGUCUCAGGAGUGCACUUAUCCAGAUCUGUUUGAUGCUAACACUCGACAAUGUAUGCUGUUCACAUCUGUAAACUGUCAAACAAGACCUGAACCUAUGGCACCUUGUCAAUAUCAACAGAACCUUUGUCCAUCUCUUGAUACGACUUGUGAAAAGUGUCCUGACCGACUUCCAUCAUGUAAAGGCAUGUCAGAUGGCCCACAUUUUUUUCCAAGCAAGCAAUGGCUCCAAGAUUAUAUCUUCUGCUACAAAAAUAGGACCAUACAAGUUGUAAAAUGUCCAGCUACCCAGUACUUUAAUCCUCGACUCAACACGUGCACAGACAUUGUUGAACCUGUUGAUGUUCCAUAUUACUGCCCUGUCCAUAGAAAUGAAAUAAUCCCCGAUCCAGACAACUGUGCCAAAUUUUACAACUGCUCAGAUGUCUCUCAUUCGGAGUGCUCCUAUCCAGAUCUCUUCUCUGUGGUGACAUCCAAAUGUGAACGAUUUUUGUCCACGAUAUGUGACCACAGACCAGAACCUCAAGCUCCAUGUGAAUAUGAUCAGAACCUAUGUCCAAAGAAGAGCUCAAAUUGCACUGUCUGUCCUGUAAGACUGCCCAGUUGUAGAGGUCUUCCUGAUGGCAUUCAGCCGGUUCCCAGCGAGCUGUGGGGUGAAAGAUACCUAACCUGUUUACUUAACAGAACACUGGCUGUAAACAAGUGCCCUAGAUCAUCAGUAUUUGAUCCAGUUCUACUUCAGUGCAGGGAAACCAUUCCUCCCAAAAAUAUUGAUGACUUUUGUAAGUCUAAGUCAGGCACCAUUAGAGCACAUCCUACAAACUGUGCUCAGUAUUACAACUGUUCUCAGACAUCCACGUGGGGUGACCACCUGUUUGAAUGUCCAUAUCCAGAGCUUUUUGACUCAAUCACCAAAUCGUGCCAGAAUUUUACUUCUGUGUCAUGUGCUCAGCGUCAGGAACCAAUGGCUCCAUGUGACUACAGACAAAACAGGUGUUUGAUAUCAGACAAAACUUGUCGUCCUUGUCCAAGUAGACUUCCAUCUUGUGUAGGAUUACCUGAUGGCAAAAAUCCAAUGGUGGGCUUCAUGUGGAAACCAAAGUAUGUUGUCUGCUAUAGAAACAGAACUGUGGGGACCGAAGAAUGUUCUAAUGGAGAAUAUUUCCAUCCAAGGAGACGUAUCUGCCUAAAACCUGUACAUCCAGUUGACGUACCUGAUUAUUGUAAGGCAAACCCAAGUAAGAUUUUGCCAGAUCCUUACAACUGUGGUCAGUUUUUCAAUUGUACGAAGGGAGCAACUACACUGAGGUCUCAAGCUCCUAAGUCUCUCGGAUUGUUCAGGAUGGAAUGCAGCUACCCAGACUUGUUUAGUGACAGUUCUAGUCGAUGUGAACAUUUUGAGACAGUGGCAUGUGGAAAGCGACCAGAACCACAAGCACCAUGUCAGUAUGAGCAGAACCUAUGCAAGGCAACAGAUAGUAAUUGUCAGCUGUGUUCCAAUCGCCUGCCUACCUGUGUGGGUCUCAGUGAUGGAGAUCACGAGUUUCCGAGCAAGCUUUGGCAGAGAGAUUUCAUUAUUUGUUUCAAGAACAGGACCAUCAGCAUUACAUCAUGUGAAGAUGGCUUAUACUUCAACCCAAGAACAAGGAAAUGUCUAUCAGCUGUGGAAAAGGUUGAUGUUCCCAGUUACUGCAUGGUACACAAGAUGGCCAUAUUGCCAGACCUACAGACCUGUGCUAAGUACUUUAACUGCUCAGACUAUGGAGGAAGCCAUGUUGAAUGCAGAUACCCAGAUUUGUAUUCCAUACAAGAGAAAAGAUGUGUCAAUUUUACCAAGGUUAAGUGCGAUUCCCGACCAGAACCUCAAGCUCCAUGUGAAUAUACUCAAAACUUGUGUCGUCCUGGAGAUCAAGGUUGCCGUCUGUGUCCUGAGAGACUUCCAUCUUGUGUUGGUGUUCCUGAUGGGGACCAGCCAUUCUUGGGACGAUUAUGGAAACCAGAAUUUGUCACUUGUUUCCAUAAUAGAACAAUUUAUCUUCAACGUUGUUCAAAUGGAUAUUUCCAUCCAUUGAAAAAGCUGUGUGUUACCAUUGUACCUCAAGUUGAUGUUCUGGACUACUGUAAAGAAAACCCCAACAGCAUUAUAGAGGAUUCUAGCAGUUGUAAUAAAUUUUACAACUGUAGUCAGUUGUCUGCUGGAAGACCACUAACACCAACAGAGUGCCAAUAUCCUGAUCUGUUUUCAUCGGUGACCAGAUCCUGUCAGAUGUUCACAUCAGUCUCCUGUCAUCUCAGACCAGAACCCAUGGCACCCUGUCAGUAUGAGCAGAAUCUAUGUGAUCCAAGAAACACAAGUUGUGCCCCAUGUCCGGAGCGUCUGCCAAGCUGUGUGGGAGAGGCUGAUGGAGAGCAUUAUUUCCCAGGACAGCAGUGGACAGCUGCUUAUAUAGUCUGCUACAAAAACAGGACCAUUGAUGUUUCCAAGUGUUCUGCACUUCACCAAUAUUUUCAUCCUGUUUUAAAGAAAUGCAUGACAGAUGUAGCUAAAGGAGAUGUACAUAAUUUCUGUCAGUCAAAUCCAACUGCUGUGGUAAAAAGCCUGGAAAACUGUGCGCAGUAUAUCAAUUGUUCAUCCAGGAACACCAAACUAGGAAAUUUUAAACAGGAGUGUGUAUAUCCAGAUCUGUUUUCUGAUGUAACCUUCAGAUGUGAAAAAUUCCAAGCUGUCUUGUGCAAGAAUAGACCUGAGCCACAAGCACCAUGUCAAUAUGAGCAGAACAUUUGUUCACCUGGAGAUUUGUCCUGCGAGCCAUGUCCUGAGAGACUGCCUAGUUGUGUGGGGUAUGGUGAUGGAGCUCAACCUAUAUCUGGCAGGGAGUGGACCAGUUCUUAUGUCAUCUGUCUACAGAACAGAACAAUAGAUAUCCGCAACUGCACUCAAAAUGCCACAUUUAAUCCAAACACACAUCAGUGUAUCAACAGAAUUGACCAGAAUAACAUUGGUUCCUACUGUAAGGCUAAUCCCAGAGCAAUUAAGUCACAUCCUACAAAUUGUGCUCAGUUUGUCGACUGUUCUGCCAUCAACUCACCAUAUGGAAAGUAUAUUCAGGAAUGUACCUACCCAGACCUGUUUUCUGUGACCACCAUGAGCUGUCAGAAGUUUGAAUCAGUGUCCUGUAUUCCUAAAAAUGAACCACAAGCUCCAUGUGAAUACAUACAGAACGUGUGCCCGGGUGGAGACCCUGUUUGUGAGCCCUGUCCUGAACGCAUGCCAAGCUGUAUUGGUUUACCAGAUGGUCGCAAUCCUCACCCAUAUCAUAUAUGGGGCUCUAGUUUUAUCAUGUGCUACAAGAAUCGUACACUUCAUAUAGACCAAUGUCCAGCUGAGGAAUACUUCCACCCUAGGGAAAGGACCUGUAAAAUGGUUGUCAAAACUGUUGAUGUUCCCGACUACUGCUCUGUUCAUCCUAAGGCUGUGCUGCCUGAUCUGGACAAUUGUGCUCGCUUCUUUAACUGCUCAGAUCCAAGAAUCUACAAGGAGUGUAAAUACCCAGAUCUGUUCUCAAGGCUGACCUUAACCUGCCAAGUCUUCACCACAGUCAAAUGUGAAAAUAGGAAGGAACCUCAGGCACCCUGUGAAUAUGAGCAGAACCUGUGUACAGUAUCUUCCCCAAGUUGUGAACUGUGCCCACUAAGACUGCCAACAUGUGUUGGUAAAUCUGAUGGAAACCAUAGUUUUAUAGGCCACCUUUGGGAACCUCUUUACAUCACAUGUUAUAAAAACAGGACAAUCCAGAUAGCCAAAUGCCCACAUGGAUACUUCCAUCCUUUGAACAAUGUUUGCCAGUCAAAAGUAGGACAUGAUGGUGCCCCUGACUACUGUAACAUCCAUCCUAAUGCUGUUGUUGCCAAGGAAGACAAUUGUGCUCAGUAUUACAACUGCUCCCUCUCUGCCAAGCGCUUUGCCAGCAGUCAGGUGCAAGAAUGCACCUACCCUAACCUGUUUUCAAGGAUUACACUAAAAUGUGAGAAAUUUACUUCAGUGGCCUGUGAUAGCAGACUGGAACCCCAAGCCCCAUGUGAAUAUGAUCAGAAUAAGUGUCGUCCUCUUGACCCAUCAUGCCAGCCCUGUCCGGAGCGACUGCCAAGCUGUGUAGGACUCUCCAAUGGCUUUCAACCAAUGCCAGGGUACCGGUGGACAAACAGAUAUAUGGAAUGCCAGAUGAAUAGGACAAUCCAGACUUUAAGAUGCUCACCAGGAUGGGUCUUCAAUCCCAUAACCAAUGCUUGUGUGAAAUAUAUACUGCAAAGUUAUGUGUUGGAUUACUGUCAAUACCAUCCAACAAGCAUAAUACCAGACCCAGUCAACUGUGCUUUGUAUGUGAACUGUUCAACUGGUAGGACACGGUUCGGAGACCACAAACUGGAAUGUUCCUACCCUCAGCUGUUUGAUAUUUCCUCUGGAAUAUGUAAGGACUUUGAUGAAGUAGACUGCAGUGGGAGGAAGAUUCCACUGGAACCAUGUGACUAUGAGCAGAACAUUUGUCUCCAGGGAGAUAACUCUUGCCAGCCUUGUCCUGAGAGAUUCCCUAGUUGUGUUGGAUUGCCAGAUGGUGCUAAUCCUGAUCCCAGAUCUCUGUGGUCAGACAGCUACAUCAGAUGUUUCCACAACAGAACAGUGGCUGUGGAGACCUGUCCCAGUGGAUACUUUAACAGCAGAACAAGACAGUGCACAGUAUACGUCAAUCCAGUUGAUGUAACUGAGUACUGUAAAUAUCACCGAGCUGCAGUUUUGCCCAGCCCUGACAACUGUGCCAAGUAUUACGAUUGUAAACGACUGACCAACUCAUUACAGGAAUGCCCUUAUCCUUCCCUGUUCUCACAAAGUACCAACAAGUGUGAACAGUUCUCUACAGUAGUUUGCAGUUCUCGUCCAGAGCCUGUUGCACCAUGUCAAUAUGAUCAAAACAAAUGUCCUUCUAGUGACCCAGAUUGUGUGCCCUGUGUAGAGAGGCUGCCUAGCUGUGUCGGUCUGUCAGAUGGAAACAACAUCUUCCCAACAAGGUCUUACACAAGAUGGUACAUCAAGUGCUACCAAAACCGCACUACAGAAGUCACACAGUGUCCACCGAAUACUAUAUUUGAUAUCAAUAAGUACACAUGUACUUCCUCAGUGGAUGGCAAUCGGUGGGAGCAGUUCUGCAGAGUUAAUCCCCAAGCCAUUCAGCCACACCCGGUGAACUGUGCUCAGUAUUACAACUGUACUGCUCUGAUGUCUGGGGAAGGCCCACUUCUUCAGGAAUGUAAAUACCCGGACCUCUUUUCACCCACCACUCUUAGAUGUGACGAUUUCCAGUCUGUGUCAUGUGGUGCCCGGCAUGAGCCUCAGACUCCAUGUGAAUACAAACAGAACUUAUGUUCAUCCAGCGACAUGAACUGCAAACCAUGUCCAAUCCGUCUGCCCAGCUGUUUGGGUCUGAACAAUGGGAACUAUCCCCAUCCAAGUCACCUGUGGGGUCAAGACUACAUUAUGUGCUUCCACAAUAGAACUAUAGAAGUAUUAAACUGCAGGGAUGGGUAUUUCAACCCAAGGACUCGCAGAUGCACCAGCUUUGUUGAUCCAGUUGAUGUGAUCUCUUAUUGCCGUGCCUACCCAACAGCUAUCAUUGCACAGCCAUGGAACUGCGCCCAGUUCUUUAAUUGUACACAUCGCCAGUCUAGGUUUGGUGGUUAUCUAGAGGAGUGCCCAUACCCCAUGCUGUACUCAACUGUGAAACACAGCUGUGUAAAUUUUACAACAGUCGACUGUAAAUCUAGACCUGAACCACAGGAACCAUGUGAAUAUAGACAGAAUUUGUGUAGCAGUAAGGAUACAAACUGUGCCCCUUGUCCAACACGUCUCCCUAGCUGUGUAGGACUUCCUGACGGUUUGAACUCCCUGGCUGGUGCUCAGUGGACAGCCAAAUACAUUCUGUGUUACAAAAACAGAACACUUGAUGUCAGUACCUGUAAAUUGGGGGUGUUUAAUCCCGUGAAAAGAGUAUGUGAUAACCAACUGCGACCAGGAAACAAAUAUUGCCAAGCUAACCCCAGCAGUAUCGUGGCCCAUCCAGCUAACUGUGCUCAGUAUUUCAACUGCUCACAAAGAAAUACAAGACUAGGAGGGUACCUGCUGGAAUGUCCCUAUCCCCUGCUCUUCUCUACAGUCUCUAACUCUUGUCAGAACUUUACCAUUACGUCGUGUAACAGUCGAUUUGAACCCCAGGCUCCAUGUGAAUACCUUAUGAACAGGGAGCCAUCAUUAGCUACUCCAAGAAGCUUGGUUUCUUGUCCUGAAAGACUCCCUUCAUGCAUUGGGCUGUCUGAUGGCAGACAUGAAUUCCCAGGCAGACGGUGGUGGUCAGACUACAUAGUAUGCUAUCAUAACAGAACAGUGGAAUUAUUGCAGUGUUCCCAGGGAUACUUCGAUCCAUACCGACAUGUCUGUGUUAAAUGGAUUCCAUUAAAUCACCUUGUGGAGUUCUGUGGUAUCCACUCUCAGGUGUCAGUGCCACAUCCUGAUAACUGUGCACUUUACUUGGACUGCAAGAAGAUACACUCAUCGAAUCCAUUACUGGUUCAGGAAUGUCCCUACCCACAACUAUUCUCCACUCAAACCAUGAAAUGUCAGCCAUUUUAUACAGUACAGUGUCAUGGAAAGAAAGAGCCCAUGGCACCUUGUGAAUAUACCCAAAACUUGUGCCAUGGGAAUUCUACAAGUUGUACUCCAUGCUCUGAAAGACUGCCUAGCUGUGUGGGAGUCCCUGAUGGACCACAAACUUGUCCCAACAGAAUCUGGACGGCAUGUUAUAUCUAUUGUGAUCGCAACAGGACAACAGAGAUUGCCAGAUGUCAGCAUGGACAAGUCUUUGACCCAAAGCUUAAACAUUGUGUCUCCUCUUACUCUUCAAGUCAAAUCAGUGUAGUCUGCCAAGCAAACCCAUCUUUACAUAUCAUGGAUGCUGACAAUUGUGGCAGAUACUACAGGUGCUCUGACCUGGAGGGUGGAGUGGUACCCCUCUCAGAGUGUCAGUACCCCAACCUUUACUCUCUAAGUAAGGCUACAUGUCUGGACUUCAGAUCGGUGCAGUGUGGAAAAAGACCGGAACCUCAAGCUCCAUGUGAAUAUAGACAAAACCGGUGUCCAUCUACGAACACUUCUUGUGUACCUUGUGCUGAUCGUUUACCAAGCUGUGUUGGUCUACCCAAUGGUCAAAACUCAUUUGCUGGUCAGAUAUGGUCACCAUAUUAUGUUGACUGUGUGGACAACAGGACCUAUACUGUCCAUUAUUGUCGACACGGAUGGUUCCACCCAGUCCAAAGAAUCUGUGUUACCCAAAUACAUCCAGGAGAUGUGAUAUCUUUCUGUGCUGCAAACAAGAAUACUGUAGCUGCAGAUAGUCUGAAUGCUGCCCAUUUUAUCAACUGUUCUGAUCCUAGUCCGACCCUUACUCACUUUAUUCAGGAGUGUCCAUACCCCCAGCUUUUCUCCAUGGAAACUAACACUUGUCAGGACUUCAGGACCAUACCUACAGAUUCCAGGAUUGUUCCCCAGGCACCAUGUGAAUACAAUCAGUUCCAAUGUAACAAGGGAGACAAAUCCUGCAAACCAUGUCCAGAGGUACAUCACUCGUGUGUUGGUCUACCAGAUGGUGACAGUGGGAUCUCAGGUCUCACCUGGACUUCUGCGUAUGUUACUUGUUUGUUAAACAGAACCAUGGCAGAAAAAAGAUGUGAGAAUGGCGUGUUUGAUCCUCACAAGAGAAUAUGUACAACGCCAAUGGUAGUGGACAAAAUAGAGCAGUAUUGCACCGAACACCCAUCUGCCAUCCUGAAACACCCUGGAAACUGUGGCUGGUACUACAACUGUGCAGCUAGAGAGUCGGCCAUAGGAAGUUAUAUCCGGGAGUGUAGAUAUCCCAAGCUUUUCUCCACAGUGACUAAACAGUGUGAAGAUUUCACAGACGUUCAGUGCACAUCCAGACAUGAACCUCAAGCACCGUGUGAAUAUGUAAAAAACAUAUGUCCAUUGUCUGACCAGAGUUGUGUCCCUUGUCCACUUCGACUGCCAAGCUGUGUGGGACUUCCGGAUGGCUUGAAUGCAAUUCCUGGAAAUUUCUGGUCAACAAAAUAUCUGAGAUGUUAUAUGAAUAGAACUCUUGAUAUCUUAGAGUGUCCAGAAGGCUUCUUUCAGCCUUAUCUCAGAACCUGUGUGGACAGAAUAUCUCCAUCAUACGUAUCAGAAUUCUGCAAGACUAAUUCUGUAGCUGUGGUGGGCAGUAGUGGUAAUUGUGCCCAGUACAUUGACUGUGCCAGGCAGAGGGAGGGUUAUGUAAUGGAGUGCAGAUAUCCUGACCUUUUCUCAGCCAGUAAUCACAGAUGCCAGGCUUUCACUAAGGUGGACUGUGAAGGAAUUGUUGAACCUCAGGCACCAUGUGCAUACCAACAGAAUUUAUGUCAGCCAACAGCUCACAGUUGUCUCCCUUGCCCUGAACGACUUCCCAGCUGUGUAGGUUUGUCUGAUGGUUACCAUGGCUCCCUCAGUCAUCAGUGGUCCUCAAAAUACUUCCAGUGUUUCAAAAACAGGACAGUUGCUGUUUUGGAUUGUGAUGGAUACUUUGAUCUAACUUCAAAGAAAUGCAUUGAAAAAAUACUUCCAGAAAAUGUAGAUGGAUUCUGUAAAUAUCAUCCAUCCAUGCGACUGCCGAAUUGGAUGAACUGUGCCCAGUACUAUGAUUGUUCUCUGAGGGACUCUGUAUACAGGCCUUACCUUCAUGAGUGCCCUUAUCCUCAGCUGUUCUCAACAGCCACCUUACAAUGUGAAGAUUUCCCACAGGUUUCUUGUGGAGCACGAACAGAGCCAAUGGCACCAUGUCAAUAUCUGCAGAAUCAGUGUACUGUAGGCAAUUCCAAUUGUCUUCCCUGUCCAGCCAGACUUCCGAGCUGCCUCACAUCACCAGAUGGAGCCAAUCCCUACCCAGGCAAACAGCAUUCCCCUGACUAUAUUAUCUGUGACAGGAACAGAACACUGGCGGUCAAGACUUGUCCAUUUGGCUACUUUGAUAAAGCUUCUAGACUCUGUGUUCAGCCAGAAACCACAACAUCGAUGCAUGCCAGUAUAUGUGGAAAUGGAAAACAGGGAUUGUUUCCGGAUGCAUCCAACUGUGCGCGAUACUACAACUGUUCCUUGGGUGUAUUGAAUCCACCCCCUCAGGAAUGUCCAUACCCUUCUCUGUUCUCCAUUCUCAGGAAGGCCUGUGUGAAUUUUGAAUUUGUCCAGUGUGGAGUCAGAUAUGAGCCACAGGCUCCAUGUGAAUACCAACAGAACCUCUGUUCACACACAGAUGCAGACUGUUUACCGUGUCCAUCCAGACUGCCUAGCUGUGUAGGCCAUCUUAACAGGGAGGAAGCCUUCCCUGGACGUCUCUGGACCCCCUGGUUUAUUGAAUGCUUCAAAAACCGAACAGUGAAUGUUGGCAACUGUGGUAGAGGCGUUUUUGAUCCAAAUCUUGGAGAUUGUGUUGCAGAGUUGGACAAAAGUAAUAUUGACCGAUACUGUAAAUUCCAUCACUCUGCCAAAGCUCCAUAUCCAGAAAACUGUGGACAGUAUUUUGAUUGUCGCAUGAGGGAUACCAAACUUGGGAGCUAUAUUCAUGAAUGUACUUACCCUCAGCUGUUCGAUAAAAAUUCCAUGAUGUGUGCACCUCCAGAUUCUGUUUCCUGUGCUGGUCGAUACAAACCUACCUCUCCAUGUGACUAUGAACUCAAUAAAUGCAGCAGCCCUAGCUGUAUUCCAUGUAAAGAACGCUUCACCCUCUGUAAGGACAAGGAAGACGGCCCCCAUGCCCUGUCUGGGGAGGAAGUUUCCAGUAGAUAUGUUGUGUGUAGCCAUGGCUUGGUCGCUGGAAUCAUGUUUUGUCCAGAGGGAGAAAUAUUUAGUGUUCAAGAAAGGAAGUGUAAAAAUAGUAAUCAAGAUACCCUAUCCAAGAUAUGCAGAGCACAUCCAAAUAUAGUACGUCCAAAUCCUUAUGAUUGUGCCCAGUUCAUUGACUGCAGCAAGUCACGGCCUGGUCAUUUGAUAGGAGAGUACAUCAAAGAAUGUCCUUACCCACAGCUUUUCUCCACGGACACGCUGGAAUGCCAGGAGUACAACAAAGUAUUGUGUAAUACAAGGAAGGAACCCAGAGCUCCAUGUGAAUAUCUGCAGAAUUUGUGCACUGGGAAGGAAAAGAAUUGCCAACCUUGCACAGAAAGACUUCCAAGCUGUAUUGGACUUCCAAAUGGUUUGAAUCCAAUCAUGGAGUCACUGUGGAAGAGAGAUUACAUUGUAUGUAGAGACAACAGGACCAUAGCUGUAAAAUCUUGUUUUGAAGGGGUGUUUGAUCCUUACAACAGGGAGUGUAUGAAAGAUGACAUAUCCAGUUACUGUAUGAUACACCCAGCUGGAUCCUUGCCUAAUCCUAGGAACUGUGCCCAGUUUUAUGACUGCAGUGUAAGAGAUUCUGAGUAUGGACUGUACCUUAAAGAGUGCCAAUACCCUCAGCUCUAUGAAAUUGAGACGGGUACUUGUCAACAUUACAGCAAAGUCAAUUGUGGAUCUCGAUAUGAGCCUGUGGAACCAUGUGAGUACAUUCAGAGUCAGUGCAUUGGGGCAGGCUGUCCAAUGUGUACUCAAGUCAGUUGUCGGAGCCACCCUGAUGGUGCCAACGAAUAUCCAGGCCGGGAACGAACCCCGUGGUAUGUGGUGUGUGAGCACGGCAGAACUGUGGCUGUGGAACAGUGCCAUGUGGGAAUCUUUGAUCAGCAAUCACACAUGUGUUUGACCAAUACUGCUUCAGUGAAUGAUUUCUGUGAGCGUAAUCCAGGACUAGUAUUCCCAAGCUUCACAAACUGUGCUCAGUUUUAUGAAUGUGGUCAUUACAAUGACAAAACAGGAACCUAUUUACACGAGUGUGCUUAUCCAUUGCUGUACGAUACCUCCACCAAGACUUGUCAGCACUUCACUCACGUCAACUGCGGAGAGAGGGUAGUUCCACAAGCUCCAUGUGACUACAUGCAAAACAGAUGUCAUGCCAAAAACACCACGGCCCUUUGCAAACCUUGCGAAGACAGAUUCAUCUCCUGUGUUAACAAACCAAAUGGCAGAAAUUCAGUUGUAGGAGAUGUGUAUUCCUAUGUUAUCUGUCUUCAGAACAGAACCAUUGAUAAAGUUGAAUGCACAGAGGGAUACUUCUUUCAUACCCUUGUGAAAGAAUGCAUCCCUCUCAGGUUCUUUGGACGUAUACCAUUUGCUGUUGGAGACGAUAUUUGUAAUCAUCAGCUGGUGUCAGGAGUGAAUCCUGUUCCAGACAGUGCUUUUUCAGCCUCCUCAUCCUACCACAAGGGGAGUAAUGCUAAAGACUACACGGUAGCCAGGGCUCGCAUCAACACCACAGAGACCAAAGAUGCAAAAGGCGUCUUACAUAUCGGGGCCUGGUCUGCCCAGGAUCUCAAUGUGGACCAGUGGAUUCAGGUGGAGUUAAAUGAACCAAGUCUUGUACGAGGCAUAAUGACCCAAGGAAGAAAUGGUUGCUGCCAGCAGUGGGUGAAGAAAUACCGGAUUCUGUACAGUUUGGACUGUAGUAAUAAUACUAACAGCUGGCACCCUAUCGGAGACCACACAGUCAAUGACACAAUUUUCCUUGGCAAUACAGAUGAGAAUUCAAUUGUUAGUCAUAAUUUUGACUGCCCAGUUAUUGCAAAAUGUAUCCGAAUAAAUCCUCUAGAAUGGAAUAACCACAUCUCCAUGAGAUUUGACCUACUGGGCUGUGCUUUGAACACAGGUAACUCAACAAGUGCUCCACCAACAACUGCAGCCAGCAAUACAACAUCAUCAAGUAAUGCCACAACAGGAAACAACAGCAAUAGCACUGCUGCAGCAACCACUCAGAACACCAAUAAUACCAGUCCAACAGCACCCAGCAGCAACACAACACAGAACAGCAACACAACAACACCAAGUAGCACAACUGUUGGUGGCAACAUCACUUCCUCUGGUAAUACAACAGCUGCCAUGACAACUCAGUCAGCAACAACUGGUGCCACAACAGUGUCUAACAACUCUAAAACCAAGUCUGGAAAUUGUGUGAAAGACUGCAAAGGCCUAACCAGUGGUGAAUACCAGUCCUGUAAGACGUGUGGAGGCUACGUAACCUGUGUCUGGGGCACUCUGUUUGAGAGGCCAUGUCCUACAGGGCUAGAGUGGAACGACAAUCUCAAAGUCUGUGACUGGCCUAGUGCAGCUGGGUGUGCCUUAGCCGGUUAGGUCACUAAACAUGGCCAGAACAGACUCCUCAAAUAUUGACUCGCAACAUUGUUAUAUCAUUUGAUUUUGUCUCAUAUGUAUUUAUUACCUUAACAUUUUUAAUAAACUGCACUGCAAUUUUUACCUGUGUUUUGGUUAUAUUUUCAAUCAAUGAAUGAUAUAGUUACUCAACUGUUUUCUCCAUGAUAACCCUUUGAGGCUCCAAUAUACACAUUUCUCACCUGCAUGUAAAUGAAUGAUAUCAAUGGGCUGGGACUACAGAAAUUAACAUGGAUCCUUUCUACUAGGCAGUAUUUUUCAUAUGAUUUUCAUUUUUUUUUUUUUUUAAAAUACCGUAUAAAUGGAAUUUUUAGUGAGAUUUCCCCCCAAAAAUGGGUAUAUAUAUUCAGUGAGAGUGAAUUUAAUGACUUUAUAAUUCCAGGGAAGAUAAUUAUUGCCUCCGAUAUGGAAUAAAUUGUUAGCGAUUUUCAAUUUUAGCGAUCUCAUCACUCUCGCUGAUAAUGCCAAAAUUAAAUCCUUGCUAACAAUUCUGCUUGUACAGUAUGCCCCCAUUGAAAAAAAAGGGGCAUAUUGGUUUGUAACUGUCAACUGGUAGGUCGGCUGGUAGACCCAAGCAUUUCCUACUCAAACACUUAAUUGCUUGGAGGAUGUCGGCUUAAUAUAUUGGUUUCCCUAAAGAGUAGAUGACCCCUGUUAAUAUAUAGAUCACAAGGUCAAGGGUCAAACUUCUCUGCACAUGGAAAGAUAUUGUCUGCUCAAUAGAGAAGCCUAUACUUGACAGACUUUUAACUUUGUACACUGGUUCCCCCUAAGAAGUAAAUGUUUCCUGUUGCAUGAUUAUCAGGUCACAAGGUCAAGGGUCAAACUGGGCAUAGUAAGAUAAUGACUGCUUUACAUUGUGAGACCCCUUUGCUUGACAGACAUCAACCUUGGAAUUCUGGUAUAUCCUAAGGAAUAGAUUACCCCUCUCGAUUUUGAGGUCACAAAGUCAAGGGUCAGUCUAGUCUGGACAUAAGAAGAUAUUGUCUGCUCAAUAUAUUGAGAACUCUGUGCUUGAAAGACAUCAAACUAGGUACACCUGUUCCUCCCAAGACGUAGAUAUCCCCUGUUGAUUUAGAUGUGAGGUGAUUAACUACAAUGGGAAGCAUGAAAAUUUAUGAAUAGUGCAUGUUUUGCAUUGUAGUUUAUUACCUCACAUACCCAACAAACUAAACUGAUUCCUAAAAUAUAUAGCCUACAACCAGUUUUGAACAAAAUGGAGUUUGGGCUAGAAAAUACGCCGUUAUCUUCAUGCAUAUGUAAUAUAUACAUAAUUGUUGAAUACUCUUAUGACAAUUCUUUUAAAAAAAACCAAACAACUUUGCACUUACAUCCAGAAGUGCAUACAAGUACGAAGGCUGUUCAAUAUGUAAUGUGUAUUGUACCACAGCGUGAUAACACUUUGCACGAUUUCGUGGAUCAAACUUGGUACACAUACACCUUAUGCAAAGUGAAAAUAUUACAUAGAGAGUACAUGAUUUGUUUGCUUUUACGAUUUAAAAAAUGUUUGUCAGUGACUGAUGAUUGCUGAUACUACCUGAAGCCAAGCUCUACAAAUCAUGGUGCAAGAAAACCACCCUAUAUUAGCUAUUUUCACGAGCAUAUUAUGUACCAUUGGCAGUACUCUUGUUAUAUAUAUCUUGUGUUGAAGAUGAAUUUCAUUUCCUUACUGAUUGUCCAUUCUAUGUUGAAGAGAGAAAUAUGUUUUUUAAUGGUAUAUACAAGCUCAACAAAAAUUUUAUCUAUCUAACAAAUAAGGACAAAUUUACUUGGUUGAUGAUUAAUGAAGACAAACCAGUAAUUGUCAAAUUGAGUGAAUAUUUAGUGCAAACUUUCAGAAAAAGAAGUGAUGCUUUAAAACUGCAAAAAUCAUUAUAGUUUAUUAUUCAUAUAUUGGUAUAAUACUGAUACUGUCCAUCUACUGGUAUAUAUACAUGAUUAGCAAUUCAUAUAUGUAUGUACUUGUUUCCCCAACAUGCUGCAUCCACACGCAGUUUGCAGUCUCUGUAACCUGUAGUUAAUGUUGUAAACUUUCUUUCUUUUUUGAAUUUCCUUCUUUAUAAAAUGUCUUACUGUUAUGCCCUCUGGGCCCAAAAUUGGAAUAAACUUAUCUUAUCUUA